UUUUAUUAACCGUAUUUGAGACAAGAGAAAGGCAGAGAAUGGAGCACAACUACCUGCUAUAAAGAAAGUUCUUUCUCUCCAGUCUCCCAAGCACUGCCUUUGAUGUAUGGCAACAGAUCACUGAUCAGAUUACAGGCACUGCUCGUCUCCCUUUGAUCUGCGUGCUUAAUUUUAUUUUCCUGGAUUCAAAUUUUGCCUGGGCUUGUGCUGACAUACUUUUUUUUUUUUUAAGGAGAUGAAGGCAUUUAAUGCAGAAGCUCUGGCAGAGUGAAAUUCAGUUGGAGAAAGGGUGGCUAUUGGAUAAUCAACGGCAUACAUCAGACAAACACUGCAAUUUGCGAAACUGGAGACUGUAGAGAGCAAGAGUUCAGGGAUCAUGAUGGAAACUGUAUGCUAUGCAAACAAUGUGGACCUGGCAUGGAACUGUCUAAGGAAUGCGGCUUUGGAUAUGGGGAGGAUGCCCAGUGCAUGACAUGCAGACCAAACAGAUUCAAGGAGGACAGGGGCUUUCAGAAGUGCAAACCAUGUUUGGACUGCGCUCUAAUAAAUCGAUUUCAGAAAGCCAAUUGUUCUGCUACCAGCAAUGCUGUUUGUGGAGACUGCUUGCCAGGAUUCUAUAGAAAAACCAAGCUUGGGGGCUUUCAGGAUAUGGAAUGUGUUCCUUGUGGUGACCCUCCACCUCCUUAUGAACCUCACUGCACUACAAAAGUGAAUCUGGUGAAAAUCCCAUCAACUGCUUCCAGUCCACGAGACACUGCUUUAGCUGCUGUGAUAUGCAGCGCAUUAGCAACUGUACUGUUAGCUCUCCUCAUCCUUUGUGUUAUCUAUUGUAAAAGGCAAUUCAUGGAAAAGAAGCCAAGCUGGUCUGUGCGAUCACAGGAUAUUCACUAUGAAGGCUCUGAGCUUUCAUGUUUUGAUAGACCACAACUUAAUGUGUAUGCUCAUAGAACAUGCUGCCAGUGUCAGCGGGACCCAUCACAGAUAUGUCGACCAGUGCAUUUGAUUCCAUCCCUGUGCUGUGAUGAGACAUGUAGCCUGGAACACAGCUGCCAUAGCUGCCCUUUUCACUCUCGGAAUACACUUCAUGAAAGGAAUUCUAAUUCUGUUGGGGAAAUGAUUCCAGCAUUCCUCGGUUCUCUUUCACAUUCAACCUGUGGAGAUCUUUCAGAUGCCUGGCCUCUUAUCCAAAAUCCAGCUUGCUGUGAUAGUAUUUCUUUCUGUGAGUCAUACCCUGAGCUAACGGGAGAAGAUGAAAAUUCUUUCAGCCUAGGGACUGAAAAAACAGCCACUGUGGAUUCAGAUAACGAACAGGAUUUAAGGGUAUUCAUGUCUACAACGUCUCAUUUUGGAAGCUUGACAGAAUCAACUGAACUUUCCAGUAAGAGUCCUUCCAGUAUCACUGCUUCAUUAAACCAGUUCUUAACUGCUGAACCAUUGUCAACAACAGAGCUUGACAAAACAGUUAGUGAUUCUAUAAAUUGAUGCCCAGGAAUCUAAAGGACCUUUCUUGGCAGCCUUUAAACUGAAUGCUUCCCAACGUGCUUCUCUUUGAAUGCUUGUGGAUGGAAUGUGGCCUGGAUCUCGAUGUUACAAGGUUUCAGAAACAGCUGAACUAAAUUGGCAGCAUUUCAAAGCUCUCUCAGGCAGUUGCAUUUGAAAUACAGCAGCUGUAUGAGAAAACUUCAAGGAGCAGCUUGGUAAAAGACCAAAGGCAGAUCCAUGCUACUCUGUCUCUUUUCUGAACAGCAAGCUUCUGUGUCUCAUUGACACAAGGAAAGUUUGGCGGACUGAUCUUACUGCUAAGCAGAUUAUGUAAAUAUAAAGAGCAAUAGAAUUGUGAGUGUGUGUGUGUGUGUGUGUGUGUGUGUGGCUACUAAUAGCAGGUGUUUGUUUGUCCAUUUUUCGGUUGGCAAAAGGAAGCAUUUAACAGGAUUUUCAACAUGCUGUACUGAGUCAAUACAUAAUAGGCCAAAUAUACAACAGUAAAAAGAAUCUAAAAAUAAUAAAAUGAAACUUCAUUGGGAACUUUGGGAUCUGCCUGUUACAGUACAGAAUGCAUAAAUACUUGUGUGGAGAAAACAUGCUGUGAAAAUUGCAAGACUAUACUAAAGUGCUUUUUUCACAGCUAUUUACAGUGCAGUCCUAUGCAUGUUUACUUAGAAUUCUAAGUCCCACUGUAUACAGGGAUGAAUAUUCCCAGAUACAUGUGCAGUUUUAAUGUGGCAGCAACUUUGCUUGCCAAAAGAUGUUAACUCCAACUCCCAGCCAGAUAUUUCUCCCAUAAUUUUUUUGCAUUUCUAUGAUGGUGUGCUAAAACUGUGGGUACUUUGGCAGGAAAGCUAAAUACUUUUAAGUCCUAUUGAUUUCAUUUGGAAUGCUUUUGAGUAGUGCUGACUCUCACAAUAAUACCAGGAGGACUUGAAGUGUUUGCUUUUGGCUAAACUAUAUCCUGUAUAUUUUUUAAACUUUGAAACAAAGAACCGAGACUUUUGUGUUAUAUUUAGUGGAGAAUCCUUUAGUAUCGUUGAAAAAAUAAGGCUGUAUUCCUGUAUACACACCAAUGUGGGAAGCAAGCCUCAUUGAAUCAUAGAAUCAGAGUUGGAAGGGACCUUGAGAAUCAUCUAGUCCAACCCCUUCCAACUCGGCAUCCAUGACAGAAGGCCAUUCAACCUCUGCUUAAAAAAUACGUGUUGUUUCAAGCAAACAUCCAAUGGAAUUAUACUAUGUUAGAAAACUAAUGUUACAAAAUUCACGUUUUUAUACAAUAGUGAAAACCUGCAAAUAUACUUUUUGCAUGAAGAACCAUAUAUGUGUGUAAACUUUGUAAAUAAAAUAAUCCAAUGUGCAUUUCAGUAUUCUGCAAAAUGGUUAAGACUAUGCGUGGAGACUACUGUUUACCUCUAAAAACUGCUUUCAAAAGGCCUGUGGUAUGUGCCCCAUUGUAAUGAAGAUCAAAAGUUUGAAGCAAGAACAGGAUUUUAAAAUGUGCAUAUUGUAUAAACGCAGUUUACAAAAUGUUUGAUUCAACCAAAUUGGUCUUGAUUAUGUUGCCUAUGGCAAGCAAUUUUGUAUAUGCCAAUAGAAAACAUACACUGAAUUUUUUAUACUAUUUGCUUUCAAACAAAAAUGCUUUCCCAAUAUUCUUUUACAUGCAGGAAUUCAAAGGGGUGGACGAAGACUGUAAAUUACAACUUUGUGUAUAUGUUUAUAUAUUUUUCUAUUUGUUAAUAAAUAGUCAUUUAAAUACUA